AUAAACAUAGAUAACGAUCAAAGAUAAACAAAGACACAUAGAGUAUAAUCUCACUAAUCCGAUACUUCGAUAAAUCGGCACGUCCAAUAAUCCGCCGUCCCACACCUCAUUCGCCUCUCUAUACCUGUGCGCUUCGGUCGUUGCGUCAUCGACUAGCAGUCUAACCUCAAAACGUAAUUUUAAGUGACAAUAGUUUAUAGUUUAAAAUGUCAAAUAAACGCAAACAUAAGACACUAGAUUUGAAUUAUAAAAUGGAGAUUUUAAAGAAGUUAGAUAGUGGACAAAAUAUAUGCAAAUUGGCAAAAGAAUAUGGCGUUGGGCGUGCUACUAUACACGAUCUUAAGAAAAAAAGGCAAAAGAUAGAAGACCGCGUCAACGCAAUGGAAUCGGGGCCAGGACAGCGUAAAACAUUAAAAGUUGGCGGUUGUCCAAAGAUGGAAAGCGCUCUUUACAUGUGGUACAUACAACAGCGUUCUAAACACACUCCUAUAUCUGGAGAAAUUCUAAAAGCCAAAGCAAUCGAAUUUUAUAAAAAAAUUACCAACAAAGAUGAUUUUCGUGCCAGCGACGGAUGGUUGGAUAAAUUUAAAAAGCGAUUUGGUAUCCGUCUAUUAACCAUAUCGAGUGAGAUAUCAAGCAACGAAUCUGCUGUACAGUCAUUUAUCCAACAUUUUAAAAACAAAGUAGAAGAACUGGGUCUUCUUCCUGACCAAAUUUAUAACGCAGACGAGAGUGGUCUGUUCUGGAGGUUGUUGCCCAAUAAAGCUAAAGAAGCAAGUGCAGAUCAAGUGAGUAAAGAUAGAAUCACAUUCAUGCCGUGUUCAAAUGCAACUGGAACGCACAAAUUGGAUUUGUUAGUAAUUGGCGAAGAAAAAACUCCCAGAGCUUUCAAGAACAUUUGUCUGCCAGUCUGCUACAAGAACCAAAUUAGAAGUUGGGUCACGAGAGAGAUAUUUAACGAAUGGUUUCAUGAAGACUUUGUCCCAGAAGUCGAAAAGUUUAUGAAAAGAUCCAACUUGCCCAUAAAAGCUUUACUAGUAAUUGCCGAUGAUCCACGCCACCCAAAUGAACAAGAACUUAAAUCAAGUGAUGGGAAUAUCCAAACUAUCUUUUUACCACUAAACUGCAAACCUUUACUGCACCCGGUGGAUCAAAAUGUUAUCCAAAAAAUAAAAUAUUUGUAUAAAAACAAAUUGCUGAUCCAUAUUAUAUCUCAGUAUGGCGAUAUAACGCAGAGUCUUCAAGGAUUGAAUUUGAAAGAUGUCGUAUUCUUUCUCGCUCAUGCUUGGGAUUCUGUUUCAUUUAACUUAAUCCAAUCUUCAUGGAAAAAGUUAUGGCCUACAAUGAAUUAUGUAUCAAUAAAAAAAGAAGAAACAGAUGAAUGGGAUCCCGAAGAUAAUGUGCCUGUUGCCGAAUGGUUACAAAUUCUAUCAGAUAAAGGAUUUGAGACAAGUGAAGAAAAUUUAAUUUUUUGGUUUGAAGGAAUCGAAGAGAGAGAGCAAAUUAUGACAGAUGAAGAAAUUUUAUGGGAAACAGUAAAAGAAGAAAGCAUUGAUGAAAUAUUGGCGUCACCAACUACUGUAAAAGUUAGACCAGAUGAUGCAUUGUUUUCUUUCAACACCUGCAUAACAUGGGCAGAAGAAAACGGCAUAUCUGCCAAGGAUAUCAUAAUUCUGCGUAACAUGCGAGAAAAGGUUUUUAAACAAGGACUACAAUUCACACAAAAGCAGAACUCAUUUAUGGAUUAUUUUAAUACUAGUUAAUUAGAUAUGUACCAUUACAUACAUUUAUUCCGUCUGUGAAAUGCUUUGUUUUAUUACCUUUUAACUUUUUAUUAAUAAUCCAGUAAUCCAAACAUUCCAAUAAUCCGGCACUUAUGUUAAUAUUGAUUAGUGAGAUUAUACUGUAAUUUGUUGUUCUGAAAGUGUGUGGAAACCGAAAAACUUCCAUGUUAUGUCUAAAAUAUGCGAGUCUUUAAAUUAAUUUGUAAACAGCCAAAUACUUACGUAUAUUUGUCCGGUGUCCGAGCACAGUGAGGGCCUUUCAUCAGGGUCAGUGAGACCGGUACUACUUCGCUUAUGCAGCCCGCUCACUCAUCAAAUCGUAGUAAAAGAAAUGAACCCUUUGUACAAUCCUUAGCUUUCUUUAUAUCUCAUUUGUCACAUCUUAAGACUAU